GCAAAGAAGUGGGAAAUAGCCACUGUUGCUCAACGGCUCGUAACUACAAUGGGUCCAAAAUUGUGUUCUUUAAUUCAUUUGGCAAUCUUUGCCUGGUAUAUAUUUACGCUUAGGGUUAACUGCUCUUUAGAAAUUUCAGAACGCCAUCCUGGAGCCCGUUUAUACGGAGGUCGAUGGAAAUACUUGACUUUUAUCAAUCUCGUUCUACAGACCGUCUUCUUUGGAUUCUGUUUUUUGACCGACGUGAUCCAAAUGCUACUAGCUCCUAAAAGGGUUCCCUUGCGCCUUGUCAAAAUACGGGACGCUGUCUUCACCAUCCUGGUGUUUCCAGUUGGGAUGUUUGUGGUCAUGUCCUUCUGGUCACUCUAUGUUUUUGAUCGUGAGCUGGUAUAUCCCAAAUUUUUUGAUGACAUUAUUCCCACCUGGCUCAACCAUGCAUUACACACAGUGAUCUUCCCUCUGCUCCUGAUCCAGCUCUGCUUGCAGCAUCACCAGUACCACAGCAGAGCCAAAGGCAUCCUUGGCCUGGCCCUAUUUGCUAUGCUUUAUCUGUCCUGGGUACUGUGGGUACAUCAUGCCUCGGGGAUCUGGGUGUACCCCAUUAUGGCUAAACUCAGCCCUGGCGGACUGGUGCUGUUCUUCACUGGUGCAGGGCUGACCAUGGCCCCGCUCUACCUGCUGGGAGAGAGGCUCAGCACUGCACUCUGGGAAACCGCGGGCACAGAAAAGAAAAAGAAAUAGGAGUCCCUGAAAUAAAUCACUUGUGGACCAGAGGGGCAUGAUCAGGAAGCACUGUAUGCAAGCCUCCAGGACACCUUUACCCAAUGAGGGAUAAUCGUUUAUCAUGAGUCCAGCUGCUUUUCAGUUCAAAGUUUCAAUCCUUAAUUUCAUUCAUAUAAAAAAUGCUAUAAUUGAUACACUAUAUGGCCACAAGUAUGUGGACUCCCAUACUGCUUCAACCACACCCAUUGCUAACAGGUGCAUAAGCACAUAGCCAUGAAAUCUACAUAUACAAACAUUGGCAGUAGAAUGGGUCGUACUGAAGUCAGUUCAUCAGCAGCGCAAACAUGUUCUCUGGAGUGAUGAAUCAUAGAGGUAACUAUCUGCCAGAUCACGCGUCACUCUCUGCCAGAUCUGCCAGUCUGAUGGACUCUGGGUUUGGCAGAUGCCAGAACGCUACCUGCCGGAAUGCAGAGUGCCUACUGUAGAGUUUAGUGGAGGAGGGGUAAUGGUCUGGGGCUGUUUUUCAGGGUUUGGGCUAGGGCCCUAAGUUACAGCGAGGGGUAAUCUUAAUGCUACAGGGUACAAAGACAUUUUAGACAAUUGGGUGCUUCUAACUUUGUGGCAACAGAUUGGGGAAAGCACCUUUCCUGUUCCAGCAUGACUGUGCCCCUGUGCACAAAGUGUGGUCCAUAAAGACAAGGUUUUGACGAGUUUGGUGUGGAGGAACUCGAGUGGCCUGCACAGAGCCCUGACCUCAACCCCAAAAUCUUGUGGAAAGCCUUCCCUGAAGAGUAGCAGCUGUUAUAGCCAAAAAGGGGGUAACUCCAUAUUAAUGCCCAUGGUUUUGGAAUGGGAUCUCCUACAAGCUCAUAGGUGUGAUGGCCAGGUGUCCACAUACCUUUGGCCAUAUAGUGUACCUUUUCAGAAUGGCAUUUUUGUAGCAUGAACAAUUCAAUAUGUUUGCAUUCCAUAAUUGCUCCUCUAUUUGCUAUUGUCCACUGGUGGCGUUGGGUGUGAAAUUCACACCAAAUAUUUACAUGAUCAUUUAAUGUGAUCAGGCAAGGAAUUUGCAUGCCAAAUGUGAGAAACCAUGUGGCUAAUCUUUAAUCCAAUGUGCCCGUAGUGUGUUCUAAUGUGUUCUUUAAAAUGGAACUCUGGUAUUUGGAACUUCUGUGAACAUCAGUCCGCUGUCACCAAAUACGCAAAAACUGGAAAAAUGAAGGAUUGACACUUUGAAUAAAAUAAUAUAGGAAUCUAUUUUUUGUGUUUGUUAAUGAACGGACCAUUUUGUGUAGAAUUAAUAUUUUAUAUGUCAAAUAAAACAUUGAGAAAUGUU